GGCGGCGCGUGCAGCAGCUCCUGAAAGCAGCGAGUUGGCUGAGCUGGGCUGCAUUUCCAGCAGGAGCUGCGAGCACCGUGCUGGCUCACAACAAGAUGCUCAAGGUGUCAGCCGUAUUGUGUGUGUGUGCAGCCGCUUGGUGCAGUCAGGCUCUCGCAGCUGCCGCGGCGGUGGCUGCGGCCGGGGGGCGGUCGGACGGCGGUAAUUUUCUGGACGAUAAACAAUGGCUCACCACAAUCUCUCAGUAUGACAAGGAAGUCGGACAGUGGAACAAAUUCCGAGACGAAGUAGAGGAUGAUUAUUUCCGCACUUGGAGUCCAGGAAAACCCUUCGAUCAGGAACCACAUUAGCAUGAAGAGCAACAGAUUCCCCACAGGAAAGGGAAGAUUCUGCAAGAAGAAGGAGAGGCCAAGGUUCCUGACAGAUGAAUGUCACAUCUUUGAUUUUGUUUCCUUCUUUCCCAUUCCUGUGUAGUAAUAUUCUACUUCUGACUCUGUGCCCUGUCUCUGGUUUUUCUCCACUCAAUCUGUAAUCCACUGGAGGUACAUAAACACUCACAGACUAAACUUUUACUCUGCGAACUAAAUGCUCCUGCACUUUCACUUUGUCAUGUGAUUUUUCUAGUAAGUAAACCAUUUGUCACCUGUAUUAUUAAUAUUGUAAUAUGAUGUUAAAUACUUUCAUCACAUCAACUCUGAUUUUUGUGACCAUAUUAGAGAACCAAAUAUUUCAGUUAAGUGUGAAGGGAUAUUUAUGUUUUGGAAGAGAAUUGUCAAGUAGAUUUAUCCUUUUCCUCCUUCACCAAAUGUGAAAAUUCCUUUAUUAAAAUGGUUCAUAUUAUCAGCAAUUUAUAAUAUAUAGAUCAUAAUAAAUACAUGUGUUCUA